UGUCCCGCUUGCACUGCGAGAGCGAGUCCUUCAAGAUGGACCUCAUCCUGGACGUGAACAUCCAGAUCUACCCCGUGGACCUUGGUGACAAGUUCCGCCUGGUCAUUGCCAGCACCUUGUAUGAAGACGGCACCCUGGACGACGGGGAGUACAACCCCACGGACGACAGGCCGUCCAGGGCAGACCAGUUUGAGUACGUGAUGUACGGCAAGGUGUACCGCAUCGAGGGCGACGAGACGUCCACCGAGGCAGCCACGCGCCUCUCUGCCUACGUGUCCUAUGGGGGGCUGCUCAUGCGGCUGCAGGGAGACGCGAACAAUCUGCAUGGGUUUGAGGUGGACUCCAGGGUUUACCUGCUGAUGAAGAAGUUGGCCUUCUAGAAGAGGAUGUCCUGUCUCCAUGGGCUGCCUCAGAGACGUUUUGCUGGCAAGUGAA